AUGACGACGACAGUCGUUCUGCCAAUACACCAAGGAGUACGCAAUGGGCUGGCUCUGGCCGGGAGAGUACCAUUAACGAAUGCUGCAAGCAAGUUGAAGCACAACGACGUUGUCAGGGAGACCUGCGAGACCGAUAGGGAGGCGGUUGGCGGAGCAGUACGCAUUGAAGCUGGCGGCUCAGUAAUGCACGUCGCCGUCGCCUUUCCCAAUGCGCAACGUCUAGUCCGGGUUAGGGCCGGACAGGACGUUGUCAAAAACGGCCCUGCAGCUCGUCACCACGAUGGCCGCGACGUUUUUGUUCUCGGGACAACGCCAAGUGUCACUGGAGUAUGUGGCGAUGUCCGCCUACUCGUACAAAUGGAGCCGGAUCUCUUCCUCGUUCCGCAUCUUUGCACCUGCAUAUCUGCUCUUGUAUUCAACCAAUCCACUGCCUAUCCGAAUACAAAGCGGCUCGGCACCACUCCUUUUUUCCGUUGGAAAACAGGACGAACUGCUGCGAACACCUGCUGCAAUCACCUGCAGCAUCCAAACUGCAACAACCCACCUACGACUCUACUCUACUUGCCGAAGCAGACUGAGAAACGAAAGCCCACGAGUGAACACUGACCUUCGGGUCACAAGGGACGGAGUGAACUACUGACAAGCUGAGUACCUACGUUCCCCAGCACCUCACUUGCACAUUGCCUCCACAUCAAU